AUGGCACAUGAACAUUUCUACAAACUCAAGAAUAUGGGUUUUUUGCUCAUAACUGUGAAUCGUGUCUUUUUUGAUCACCUUGAUGUUGCAGAUUUUUUAAGCAGGCGGACCACAUUGAAUCAUCGUAUUCCUCAUAUAUUUGCACUGACAAUGUUUGAAGAUUAUGUCUUCUGGACAGACUGGGAAACUAAAGGAAUUCAUAGAGCUAAUAAGAAUACUGGAGAGGGACACACUACAUUGAUCACGACUACACAUCGACCAAUGGAUAUCCAUGUCUAUCAUCCACUCAGGCAACCGCCAAUGCUCCCUAAUAGCUGCGAGAAUAACGGUGAUUGCAGUAACCUUUGUCUGCUUGCUCCUAACAACCAGCGAACAUGUGCCUGUCCUGAUAGCUUCUACCUCGCCAAUAACGGCCGCACAUGUCUUUCAAACUGUUCGGCAAGUCAGUUCGUAUGUAGUAACGAUAAAUGUAUCCCGUUCUGGUGGAAAUGUGAUAAUGAAGAUGACUGUGGAGACGAGUCAGAUGAGCCAGCAGACUGCCGUCCAUUUGUUUGUCAGGCUGGUCAAUUUCAAUGUGAUAAUAAGCACUGUCUAAAUCCAGCUUUCUUAUGUGAUGGCGACAACGACUGUGGUGAUAACUCAGACGAACAAAACUGUCAACACCAUACAUGUAUGCCAAACCAAUUCAAGUGUGAACAGGAGCAGAAGUGCAUCAUGGCGUCCUUACGAUGUGAUGGAACAAACCAUUGUGAAAGCGGGGAAGAUGAGGCUAAUUGCGAGGCAGUCACAUGUGAGGCUGAUAGAUUCCAGUGUGAAACUACUAGACGUUGUAUACCAACGGUCUGGAAAUGUGAUGGUGAUAAUGACUGCGGAGACAACUCUGAUGAACCUCCAACCUGUCGAACUAGAACAUGUGGACCUGAUGAGUUCCAGUGUGUCGAAAAUGGACGUUGUAUACCGAUGAGUUGGCGGUGUAAUGGCUACGAUGACUGUGGUGAUAACUCUGAUGAACCCGCAGAUCACUGUGAACAAAUUACCUGUGAGGAGUCCCAGUUUCGCUGUGAUAAUUUCCGCUGUAUUCCGCAACGAUUUCUUUGUGAUCAUGAUAAUGACUGUGGUGAUCGGUCUGACGAAGAAGGCUGCACACCAAGGCCAUGCACUGUUAGUGAGUUUAGAUGCAGUAACGAUCGUUGCAUAACGAAUAGAUGGAAGUGUGAUGGCGAAGAUGAUUGCGGUGAUGGUUCAGAUGAACUUGGAGAUAAUUGUGCACCGACGUGCAGUUCGGCCGAGUUUCAAUGUAAUAAUGGACACUGUAUUGCUGCCGAAUGGAAAUGUGAUGGCGAUGCCGAUUGCUUAGACGGAUCCGAUGAAAUGGACUGCAUGGAUAUUAGAGUAUGUGAAUUGAAUGAAUUUCAAUGUAAAAACACACUGUGUCGUCCAUUAGAAUGGCGUUGUGAUGGCGAUAAUGAUUGCCUCGAUAAUUCAGAUGAAGACCCUGAAAUGUGUGGCCAGAUUCCAUGUCCUCCAGAUAAGUUUCGUUGUCGGAAUAAUAUUUGCAUUGCUUCAUUCUUGGUGUGCGAUGGAACUGACCAAUGUGGAGACGGGUCUGAUGAAGAAUGUGACCCUACCGAACCACCUCGAUGUGAGUCGUACGAGUUCAAAUGUGCGAAUCAUCGUUGUAUCCCAGCGCCAUUCGAAUGUGAUAACGAAGACGAUUGUGGUGAUCUUUCUGAUGAACUCAACUGCACACGUCCUGGGGUCGAUGAUAACCAGUGUUUGGUAAACAACGGUGGCUGUCAUCAGCAAUGCCGGCAGAUCCAAGGUGGUUAUGUAUGUGAGUGCAAUGAUGGUUAUCAACUUAAAGACGAUAGAAUAACAUGUGGAGAAUAUCGGUUACAGAUUGAGAAUCUUGGAGCACCACAUGGCAUAGCGAUUGAUUGGAUCACAGAUCAUAUUUAUUGGACCGAUUCUCAAUAUGAUACUAUCUCUGUCGCUAAAAUCAAUGGUCAAAACCAGAAGACGCUUAUCAAUACAGGACUAGACAUGCCACAUGCCAUUGUAGUUGCCCCAGAUCGUGGAUUGAUGUACUGGACUGAUUGGGGAAUGAAUCCAAAGAUUGAGUCAUCCUACCUAGACGGAUCCCAUCGUAUUGUUCUCGUCAGUGAUCGACUAAUCUGGCCAACUGGGUUAGCAAUUGAUCUCUUUAACGAAAGGCUAUACUGGGCUGACCCGAAAACGAACUUGAUUGAAAGUUUACGACUUGACGGCAAUGACAGAGUCACAGUGGUUACAUUUCCAAGAGGAUCAGACCAACCGUAUUUAAUAGAUUUGUUUGAAGAUUUCAUCUAUGGUACAACUUUCCAGACAAAUAAAAUUUUUAGAGUCAAUAAAUUUGGUUUAGGGGAAAUUGAGAUAAUUUCAUCAAGUCUUGAACACACUACAGAUCUGGUAAUUAUACAAGAAUACAAACAAAUGGCAGCGCCCAAUCCGUGUGAAGGAAAGGAUUGUUCUCAACUUUGUCUUCCACAACCUGGUGAGGCAACAUGCAGUUGUGGUGACGGAUUUGAAGAAAGUGGCACAAACUGCAACCCAAUUGAAGGAUGUAAUACAAUACAGUGUGCCAAUGAAGGGACUUGUUACAUGGACAAUCAGAAAGCUAAGUGCAG